AUGGCAACUUUAAAUGAAAAGAAGACCUGCAGUGAACGGAUGGAAAAUUUCCGCCGUUUUGUCUGGAAUCCAGAAACGAAGCUGUUUAUGGGAAGGACCUUGAUUAACUGGGUGUGGAUCAGCCUGUACUACCUGGCCUUCUACGUGGUGAUGACCGGGAUCUUUGCCCUCUCCAUAUACUCCCUAAUGAGGACGGUGAAUCCCUACGAGCCAGAUUACCAAGACCAGCUCAAGUCCCCAGGUGUAACAUUACGACCAGACGUGUAUGGGCACAGAGGGCUACAAAUCUACUACAAUGCAUCUGACAACAAGACCUGGGAGGGGCUGGUGACAAUGCUCCAGACGUUUCUGACAGCAUAUAGCCCAGCUGCUCAGCAUCUGAACAUCAACUGCACAAGCAACACAUACUUCAUCCAGAACACCUUUGAUGGUCCGAAUAACACAAAACUGUCCUGCAAGUUUACAUCAGAUAUGCUUCAAAACUGCUCUGGCAUCACAGAUCCUACUUUUGGAUUUCCAGAAGGAAAACCUUGCUUUAUUGUAAAGAUGAACAGGAUUAUCAAAUUUUAUCCUGGCAACGGCACAGCACCGAGAGUGGACUGCACCUACGUAGGUGAUGAGUCCCGCCCGCUGGAGGUAGAAUACUACCCGGUGAAUGGCACCUUCAACCUGCACUACUUCCCCUACUAUGGAAAGAAGGCACAGCCCACUUACAGUAAUCCUUUGGUAGCGGUGAAAUUUCUCAACAUUACAAAGAAUGUAGAAGUCAAGAUAGUGUGCAAAAUCAUUGGAGCUGGGAUUACCUUUGAUAACGUUCAUGACCCCUAUGAAGGCAAAGUGGAAUUUAAAUUGAAAAUAGAGGACUGA